GGAGAAACAUUCUAUCGAAGGAAGAGGAUUUGCGGCUUCUUAAAGAAAGACUCGACAGCCUUGAGACAAAGCUUCUGGAGAGUGCUAGACCAGUGCCGCCAUCUGUUAAAGACCUGCAAACUAACGUUUGGCAGCUUCUUCGCCAGCUACACAGGAUCGACCUAAUCGACUGGCUCGGACACCGGCCACCGCCGGUGGUCCACAGUCGGUGCCAGGAUAUUAUGAAGUCGCGGUACCGCGCUCUGGAUGAGUCCGAACUGAACGACAUCAUGCGGAAAUUCAGCCUGAUCCGCGAAGCUGAGGUGAGCGAGGAGGUGCGUCAGCAGCUGCGCAUGCCGACCUUCGACAGCUGGCAGUGGACGCACGAAGAGAUGCUCCUGCUGCUGCAGCAGAUGUUCAUCGACCUCGAGCUCAUGACGCGCUUCGCGCUGGAAGUGUCCACUCUGCGCCGCUUCCUGCUGCGCGUGUUUGAGAACUACAACGUUGUGCCCUUCCACAACUUUCGUCACGGCUUCUGCGUGACGCAAAUGAUGUACUCGAUGGUGUGGGCAUGCGACCUGAUGUCGCGGACAGAGCCGCUGGACGUGUUCAUCCUGCUGAUCGCCUGCAUCUGCCACGACCUCGACCACCCCGGCUACAACAACAUCUACCAGAUCAACGCCGGCACCGACCUGGCGCUGCGCUACAAUGACGUCUCGCCGCUGGAGAACCACCACUGUUCGGUGGCGUUCAGCAUCCUGCACGAGCCCGACUCGAACCUACUGGCCGGCCUGGACGGCGAGGACCAGCGGCGAGCGCGCGACGGCAUCAUCCGCUGCAUCCUGGCCACGGAUAUGGCGCGCCACAACGAGAUCAUCGACCAGUUCCGAGAGGUGCUCGACGAGUUCGACUUCGGCGAGCCGGUGCACGUGAAUCUGCUAUCGAUGGUCCUCAUCAAGAUUGCAGACAUAUCCAACGAGGCCCGCCCCGUUCCAGUAGCGGACCCUUGGAUUGAUUGCUUGCUACAGGAGUUCUACAACCAGAGCGACCGUGAGAAAGAGGAGGGUCUACCGGUGACGCCAUUCAUGGACCGAGAGAAGGUUAACAAAGCGGCUUCCCAGUGCAACUUCAUCUCCUUUGUGCUGAUGCCGCUCUUUACCGCCGCGGCGGAACUGCUGAAAGAGUUGGAGGGUCUGGUGCUGGAGCCGGCGCGGCAGGCGCUCGAACACUACUCGCGACUGAACGACGCGUCGCGCUCGGCGCGCGCCAGCCCGGCCGGCGAGCCGAGACGCGGGUCCGAGGAGGCGCUCAACGAGGCGGAGGUCAGCGAGCGCUCGGCCAAGUUCAAGAUCGCCACGCGCACCGACUCGAUGUGUCGCCGCGUCAGCGAGGACUGCGCCGCGGUGGCGGCGGCGGUCGCGCCGGCCGCGGGCUCGCCCGGCGACGGGCAAACGAUGCGGUUCUCGCGCUACUUCCGCUGGAUGACCGCGCGCCCGGCCGACAAGCAUCCCGGCGAGGCGCGCCUCGCCAACGGGCGCUCGGUACGCAGCUCGCCCGCGCGCCAGCCCAAGCCCGGCUACCUGCGCUCGCUGGUGCUCAGGAAGCGCGAACACUUGGUGGGCGGCCGCAAGGACACAAGCUAG